GAUCUUCCUCACCCUCUCGGGCCACUCUCAAACCGUUAGCUAUAUAAGAACCGAUCCCAAUUCCCAAAUCCCCAUUCCCCCAAAUCAAAUUAAGCCCUCUGUGAGGUUUUCUUCUCUCGCCCUAAUUCAAUCGAUCAGUAGUCGAAUCCUAUAAAGCGGAGUGAAACAACAGAAAUUAGAAGUAAAAGAGAAGAAAUUGAUACGAAUAUGAGGAAGAGAGAGCGAGAGAAUCCAUGUGCGGUUUGUGGGCAUUACCACAAGUACGAGGAAGGCGAAGUCUGCGGCGUUUGUGGUCACCGGAUGCCCGCCGUUGCCGAGAAGUCUUCCUCCUUCCAAGUCAGUGCUUUCCCUUCCGAGAUCCUGCCGGAGUUUCUCUACUUGGGUAGCUACGACAACGCGUCCAGGGCCGAGCUUCUCAAGACUCAAGGGAUUUCUCGUAUUCUCAAUACUGUACCUGCUUGUCAAAAUUUAUACAAGAAUUCUUUUACAUAUCAUUGCCUUCCAGACAACCAAAAUUUGCCCUUCGAGGAUGCAAUUCAAUUCUUAGAAAAAUGUGAAAAGGAAAAUGCUCGUGUUCUUGUACACUGCAUGUCUGGAAAAAACAGGUCGCCAGCUAUUGUAAUAGCUUACUUGAUGAAAAGCAAAGGAUGGAGAUUAGCACAGAGUUAUCAGUGGGUGAAGGAACGGAGAGCUUCAGUUGACAUAACUCAAGCUGUCUACCAACAACUACUGGAGUUUGAGCAGAAGAUUUUUGGCUCAGUUGAUAAUUGCAGCGCAAUGUGGCCUACCCUCAGUCCAGGUGUGCCAUCUUUUAGCUUUGGUUUUCCAAAGCCAAAUAAUCCAGUUCUUGCUCCUGCUUUCGGUAAGGCCGGUGCUUCGUCUGUUCUUGCCCGCCCAGCUUAUGACAUCCCACCUCAGGAGUUCAUUUUUGGAGCUGGCCAGGCUCAGCAAAGUACUUCUGCAAGUUGUUUUGAUACCCACCCUCCUGAUCAAAACAGCAAGGAUAUUCCCAUGGGUGGUUCAUGAUGAGCAUUGAAUUCUAAACUUGUGUUUCAUGGCACCAACAUGGGCGAGAAUCAAAUCAGAUUUGUUGGGAUAGAGAGGUUGUUGUGAUAUUUGGAUGUAAAUUAGGUCAAAAGGAUUAAAUGGAUGUAACUUGGAUUCUUAGUUAUUGUACCUUACAUUUUGUUGAAUUUUUGUCCAAAAGUGCUAGGAACUCAUUUCUGAUUGGGUAAAUAACAAAAAAGCCCCCUGUAGUAUAGCUAUAUUAUAGAAAAGCCUCCUGUGAUUUCAAAUCA